CUCUAUUUUUGCAAUUUUAUAUUAUCAUAGUAGUAACACUCUUUGCAUAUAUAUUAUUAUGCAAACAAAUGUUUCAUCAGUACAGCUUCCAAGCCUGAGUAGGUGUUUCACACUCUCACUCUUGAAGUGAGUCACACUUUGUGCAGAAUCACAAAACUGAAGAAAUGAGAAGCACAUGUUUUCUCUACCUGCUGCUGCAUGUUGUUGUUUUGGCUUUGCUUAGUGUUUCUCUAGUGCAAGCAGAAGAUGGAUACAAAUAUUUUACAUGGACUGUAACUUAUGGAACUCUUUCUCCACUUGGUACUCCUCAGCAGGUGAUUUUGAUAAAUGGUCAGUUUCCGGGGCCUCAACUAGACUUAGUAACUAAUGAAAACGUGGUUCUCAAUCUUGUCAACAAAUUGGACCAACCAUUUCUACUCACUUGGAAUGGCAUUAAACAAAGGAAAAAUUCAUGGCAAGAUGGGGUAUUAGGAACCAACUGUCCAAUACCUCCAAACUCAAAUUACACAUACAAGUUUCAGGCCAAAGAUCAGAUUGGAACAUACACAUACUUUCCAUCAACUCAACUUCAUAAAGCAGCUGGAGGGUUUGGAGCAAUUAAUGUCUAUCAUAGAUCUGUAAUCUCAGUUCCUUAUCCAUACCCUGAUGGAGAUUUCACUUUGCUCAUUGGUGAUUGGUACAAGACCAACCAUAAGGCAUUAAGAGAGUCAUUGGAUUCUGGAAAAUCUCUAGCAUUUCCUGAUGGUCUCCUCAUCAAUGGUCAAGCUCAUUCAACUAUAAACGGUGAUCAAGGAAAGACGUAUAUGUUCAGAAUCUCCAAUGUGGGAAUGUCAACAUCGAUUAACUUCCGAAUUCAAGGACAUGCCCUAAAACUAGUUGAGGUGGAAGGGUCACAUGUUAUCCAAAACAUAUAUGACUCCCUUGAUGUCCAUGUUGGGCAAUCAGCUGCUGUUUUGGUAACCUUAAACCAAUCUCCUAAGGACUAUUACAUUGUUGCUUCAACAAGGUUUUCCCGACGGAUUCUCACAGCAACUGCAGUGUUGCAUUAUACAAACUCUCACUCCCCUGCUUCUGGUCCUUUGCCUAGUCCUCCUGCUUACCAAUAUCAUUGGUCUUUGAUACAAGCUAGAAGUUUCAGAUGGAAUCUAACAGCAAAUGCUGCAAGGCCAAACCCACAAGGAUCAUACCAUUAUGGAAAAAUAACUCCUACAAAGACAAUUGUAUUAGCCAAUUCAGCACCAUUAAUUAAUGGAAAAUUACGUUACGCUGUUAACAAGGUUUCCUAUGUAAACUCUGAAACCCCUCUCAAGCUUGCUGAUUACUUCAACAUUCCUGGAAUCUUCAGUGUGGAUUCAAUCCAAAGCAUUCCUUCUAAUGGCGGUCCUGCUUAUGUAGCUACCUCAGUAUUGCCAACUUCUCUCCAUGACUUUGUUGAGCUUGUUUUCCAGAAUGAUGAAAACACCAUGCAAUCUUGGCAUCUUGAUGGUUAUGAUUUUUGGGUUGUGGGUUAUGGUUUUGGCCAGUGGACCCCAGCCAGGAGAAGAAUAUAUAAUUUAGUCGAUGCCCCGACCAGGCACACUGCACAGGUGUACCCAAAUUCUUGGACUACCAUAUUGGUGUCGUUGGACAACCAAGGUAUGUGGAACCUUAGGUCUGCAAUCUGGGAACGUCAGUAUCUUGGGCAACAAUUAUAUCUUAGGGUUUGGACCGAUCAACGUAGCCUUCGUAAUGAAUAUAACAUUCCCACUAAUGUCUUGCUUUGUGGUAAAGCCAGUGGACAUCACCUUUAAUAUGUUAUCAACAACCAAUUUUAUGGUAUUCAUCUUCUAGUCAUGAGUGUUUGACUACAAAAGAAAUUUUAAGGAAAAAAGAUUGAGGGAGUUUCUAAUUUAUGUGGCUGUUUUACUCUUGUGUAAAUUUGAUGAAGAUCUUUUGUUAAAA